AUGCCAGGCUAUUCAGAAUUGUAUUUCAAUGUGGAUCAUGGGUAUCUAGAGGGCCUGGUCCGAGGCUUUAAAGGUGGAAUCUUGAAGGCUUCUGACUAUGUCAACUUAGCACAGUGUGAGACGCUGGAAGACCUGAAGUUACACUUGCAAACCACAGACUAUGGAAACUUCUUAGCCAAUGAAACAGGCCCACUCACAGUUUCUACCAUUGAUGACAAACUAAAAGCCAAGCUACUGGCAGAAUUUCAGUAUUUUAGAAAUCAUGCCUUCGAGCCACUUUCCACAUUCCUAAACUAUAUUACGUACAGCUAUAUGAUUGACAAUGUGAUUCUGCUUAUUACUGGCACAUUGCGUCAGCGACCCUUAGACGAACUGGUUCCCAAGUGCCAUCCUCUGGGCAGUUUUGAGCAAAUGGAAGCCGUCAGCAUUGCUCCAAACCCUGCAGAGUUAUUCAAUGCAAUCUUAGUGGACACACCUUUAGCUGAUUUCUUUCAAGAUUGCAUAUCUGAAAAUGACCUGGAUGAGAUGAACAUUGAAAUCAUGCGCAACAAGCUGUACAAGUCUUAUCUUGAAGCAUUCUAUACAUUCUGCAAAAAACAAGGGGGCACUACAGCAGAUAUAAUGUGCCCACUCUUAGAGUUUGAAGCGGACAGGCGUGCCUUCAUUAUCACCAUUAACUCAUUUGGCACCGAGCUAAGUAAAGAAGACAGACAGAAGCUGUAUCCAGUAUGUGGGAAACUGUAUCCAGAAGGCUUAGAUAUGCUUGCCAAUGCAGAAGAUUAUGAGCAAGUGAAGGGUGUGGCAGACUGCUUUGCUGAAUACAGGACCUGCUUUGAAGGUGUAGGAGGUGGUACAGGAGGAGAAACAACAUUAGAAGAUGCUUUUUUUGAACAUGAGGUCAAAAUGAAUGUAUUGGCAUUCAACAACCAGUUCCAUUUUGGGGUCUUCUAUGCCUAUGUAAAGCUGAAGGAACAAGAAAGCAGAAAUAUUGUAUGGAUUGCUGAAUGCAUCUCCCAGAGACACAGAACAAAAAUUAACAACUACAUCCCUAUUUUGUAAACUAAACAUUUCUGGUUCCUGAAUGUUUUCAAUACCCAUCCGAGUCCUGGGAUUGUAAUUUGUUUUAAUUAAUUUUAAUAUUAAAUUGUAAUAUGUUGUAAUCCACCCUGGGACC